UGGUUCUCCAAGGUCAGAUAAACAGCUGUGGGGUCAGACCAAUGGUACAACCGACCUAAUGCAAAAUCAAACAGUAUAGCUAUGGGCAAUUGCCUGAGAUGCAGAAAUAUCGAUUCUUCAGUUGAUGUUGGAAAUAGUGACGCACAAUUACGACUAGAAAGUGAGAGACGACGUAGUCGUUUGCCCCCCUAUUUUGAGAAUGAUCCAAUUAUGCAUCCUACUCCUGGUGUCUCACGACCUAUGUCCCAGUUAACUGAAGAGGAACAAGUGAGAAUCGCUACACGUAUGGGCUUAAUUUCCACACUACCAUUGUUUAAAUUCGAUGAAUCGAAGAGAGAGAAACUAUUUGAAUGUAUAAUAUGUAUGUGUGAAUAUGAAGAAGGUGAAGAACUACGUUAUCUUCCAUGUUUACAUACAUAUCAUCGUGUAUGUAUUGAUGAUUGGUUAAUGCGUGCAUUAACAUGUCCUUCAUGUUUAGAAGAGAUACGUCCUAAUUCACCAGUAAAAAUUCGUUCGAAUAUUAUUAGUCAAAAUACUAUUAAUAAUAAUAAUAAUAAUAAUAAUAAUAAUAAUAAUAAUAAUGAUAAUAAUAAUAAUAAUAAUAAUAAUGAAUCAUCAGAGAAUAAUAAUGUUUCACAUAGAAAUGGUAAUUCUGUGCCUACUUCUUGUCAUCAACAACAACAACAACAUAAUAAUAAUAAUAGUAAUAAUAAUAAUAGUCAAUCAACUCAUGAAUAUAAUAAUAGAAGAACUAGUAUUACUGAACGACGUUCUAGAAAUGUACAAUCAUCAAAUGUAUAUACAAAUUCAGAAACUGUUCAACGUAUAAUUCUGGAACGUUUAAAAAAUCAGAAUAAUAAUAAUAAUAAUGAUACUACUAUUGGCGGUGACAUAUCCAAUCGUAAUUAUAAUAUUUGUCAUAUUAGUAGACAUCGUCAACAUCAACAUCAUCAAUUUCAACAACAUCGACGUACACGAUCAAUUGGUCCUAGUAGAAGAUCAUCUUCUAUAAAUACAUUCAAUAUAACAUUACCUAAUGGUUAUCGUCGUGGUAACAGUGUUACAGCAAUUGAUAUGCUUAAUUCUGUUAUACAAACAACGAAUGAUAAUUUAUAUUCAAUAAAUAAUAAUUAUAUUUAAACCAUGAAUUUUCCAGGUUUGAAAAAAAUGCAUAAAAUACUCCACUUUUUUUUAUUAUUAUUAAUAUUCUCAAUUAUGAAUGGAUCAAUAUUCUAAAUGAAUAUAAGCAACAGCAACGACGACAACAACAACAACAACAAAUGGCUUCAUUUUUAUCCAAAGAAAGUUUUUUUUUCAUAAUCAGCAUUACUUCUUGUUAUUAUUGUUGUUAUCGUUGUUGUUGUUGUUGUGUGGCUUCUCCUUUCUUUUUUUUUCAUUUUUUGUCAAAUGAUUUUGAACAUGUUGUAUGCUUUACAAUAUUCUUAGUAUACAUUUGUAUUUUGUUUCUAUAUAUAUCUGCUACCGGUGUAUAUGUAUGUAUCUAUGCGUGUGUAUGUAUGUAUGUAUGUAAGGAUGGAUGGAUGUAUAUAUAGGUGUUUGGGUAUUUGUAUGUUAUAUUCAUUACUAUUCACUGCCUACAUAAUGCACAACUAUUGUGAUUAUUCUAUUUACCCCUCCCCCUCUCGCCUUCUAUUUUCUUUCAAUGAAGUUCUUUCUCUUUUCUUUUUCUCUUUCAUAUAAUAACUGAACAAAAACUCUAGUCAAUUUUUUAUUAUGACCAAAAAAAAUUAUGCCUUUUUCAUUCAUUUUAAAAUAAACAAAACAAAAAACUUAUUGUUUAUUUUGUUUGUUUGUUUGUUUGUUUG